AUGGGUCAUUUUGUGGCUCCCACCAUAGGCACGUUUGUGGUCUGGGACUAUGUGGUGUUUGCUGCACUCUUUUUCAUCUCCUCUGCCAUUGGAGUCUUCUUUGCAAUCUCAGGAAGGAGAGAAAAGGUUUCCUCUAGAGACUUCCUGGCUGGUCGGAGAGAGAUGUCCUGCGGCCCAGUAGCCCUGUCUCUCACAGCCAGUUUCAUGUCAGCGGUGACUGUCCUGGGGACCCCCUCAGAUGUGCACCGCUAUGGGGCCUCCUUCAUCCUCUUUAUUAUCGCCUACACCUUCAUUGUGUUCUUCACUGCUGAGCUGUUUGUUCCCGUCUUCUACAGAUCAGGAAUCACCAGCACCUAUGAGUAUUUGGAGCUGAGAUUCAGCCGCCAUGUCCGUAUGGCCGCCACGCUCAUCUACAUUGUGCAGACGAUCCUGUACACUGGGGUAGUGGUCUAUGCUCCAGCCCUCGCCCUCAAUCAAGUGACUGGCUUUGACCUGUGGGGGUCUGUAUUUUCAACUGGCAUUGUGUGCACAUUUUACUGUACGCUGGGUGGAUUGAAGGCAGUAGUGUGGACUGACGCUUUUCAGAUGAUUGUUAUGAUCACUGGAUUUCUGACCAUCUUAAUUCAAGGGACCCUGGUGAAUGGAGGCUUUUCCAAUGUGUGGGAAAGGGCUGAACGUGGUGGGCGACUUCAAGUCAUGGACUUUGACAUAGAUCCACUGCGGCGACACACAUUUUGGACUCUGACCAUUGGAGGCACAUUCACAUGGCUCGGCAUCUACGGCGUCAAUCAAUCCACCAUCCAGAGGUGCAUCUCCUGCAAGUCAGAGAAGCAGGCCAAAAUAGCUCUCUACCUGAAUUUGGUUGGCCUAAUUGUGAUUGCUGGAUGUGCAGUAUUUUCAGGACUUGUUAUGUAUGCUUACUACAUGAACUGUGACCCCUUGGCCGCUGGAUUUGUUUCAGCUCCUGACCAGAUCAUGCCGUACUUUGUCAUGGAGGUACUUGGAAAUCUUCCAGGACUUCCUGGGCUCUUUGUGGCAUGCGCAUUUAGUGGCACAUUAAGCACUGUAGCUGCUAGUAUCAACGCUCUGGCCACUGUGACGUACGAAGACUUUGUUAAGAGCUGCUUCAGAAACCUUUCUGACAAGCUGGGCACUUGGAUCUGCAAAGGCCUGUGCAUAGUAUUUGGCGUGGCCUGCACUUCCAUGGCAAUAGCAGCCUCACGUAUGGGUGGAGUCGUACAGGCAGCACUUAGUAUCCAUGGGAUGUGUGGUGGACCAAUGCUUGGCCUGUUUUCUCUGGGUAUCUUGUUCCCGUGGAUUAACUGGAAGGGGGCUGCUAGUGGCCUACUGGUGGGGAUCAGCCUGUCCUUCUGGGUAGGCAUUGGAGCCUUUAUUUAUCCAGCACCAGCAGUUAAAGCUCUUCCCUUGUUUCUUAACACCAGUGGAUGUAUGCUCACAAACGAGACAGUCAAAGCAAGCACUGUGGCACCCAUUGUGGAAAUCAACAGACCUGUGCUGGCUGACACCUUCUAUUCAAUGUCCUACCUUUACUACAGUGCCAUUGGCUGGGUGGCCACCAUGAUAACUGGUCUGCUGAUCACACAGCUUACAGGCCGUGUCCGUGGGGAAGACGUAAAGCCAGUUCUUAUUCGGCCUGUAUGCAACCUCUUUUGCUUCUGGUCCCAAAAAUAUAAGGAGACAUGUUGGUGUGGAGUUCAACAUGACAAAGAAAUAAUAGACUCUACUGUAUAUAACGUUUGUAGUAAUGGAGUGCCAAUGAAGCAAGACCAACAUAAUUUAGAGAGCACAGGACAUCAAAACCCAGCCAAAAUGAGGCCUGGCUUCAACCUUGAAGAUAACUCCUACACUAACAAGGGCUUUUCACAGGUAACCCCUUUUUAGCAAUGGCAACAUUUGAACUUCACUUUCCCAUCUUGAUCAGCAUGGGCUCAUCUUUGGAGAGAUGCAUCUGCAAAAAACCCAGGGGCACAAAUAUCCAUCUGUGGGCCUUGUGCUAGGGGAUGAACAACUUAUUUUGACAGCUUUCUCCAUCUCUUUCGGCUUCCUUUUGUGUGAUUCUUCCUUAGCAUGGAGGGAUCGAGUUAACAAAUGAAAGAAGAUAAGAUGUGCUAGCCUGGUUUAACAUCUGGAUUGUGAAGACUCUUAAUAUCGGCUAUUCUGUGAACAUUAAUGGACACACAAGCAGGAGAUGGAGUUAAUAAUGAAUCUGGUCCUUCUUACUCAAAUGAUUAGAGUCAAUUUCUAAAAUAUGGCAGACUCAUUUUGCAUUAUAAGAAUUAAUUAGGUGGGUAUGGAAAAGGAGGAAUGGAUGGUGCAAGUAAUUGCAACUGACCUCAAGGAUAUCUAAAUCUAUUUAUUUCAAACCAGAUUAAGGGUGAGCUGAACCUAUACUGGAAACAUUUGGUGGAAGACAGGAGCCAGUGCAGCUUUGUCCACUUCAAAUACAAAAAAAAACCCUUCUAACUUCAAUAAUAAAAAUUGAGUAACAGAAGCAGGAGGAGGUCAAAAGAUACCAGCCCCUCAGUUAGGCACUGGCAGAAUUCAGCAUUUCAGGUAACUACAAAGGGCCAAAGCCCACACAGAGCCCAGAAUUAAGCCAAAGUCAUACAGUCUAACAGCCAGUUGGAUGGCAUGUUUCUGCACCACACAAUUAAGUUUGGGCCAAAGGAGAGAACUUCAGGGUUGCUCAUGUCCACAUUGCUCUUUUUUAGUUCCAGGCUCUUUGUUCAUGUAAGGAUCACAGAUCACAUAGAAGAUCCAGUUCGAAUCUUUUUAAUGGGAAUUUUUCUACUGUUUAUUUUCAGGAGUCGGGUUGUAAUAUUAAUCAUUUGGUGAACUUUGUGUAUCUCAAACCACUAAUAUCCUAAAUCUCCUAGAAGAGCUGACACACCAUUCAGUGUCCAUGCUACAUGUUAAUGCCUCAUUUCAUAGAGUGUUAGCCUAAUAUCAUGUAUUACUGCAGCAGAUGAAAAGGGACAUCAUUUAAGUUCACAUAUCCCCAGAUAUUUUAGCAGUCACUUAGUAGUCAUGUGCAUAAGUUACAACCAAAAUCAUGAGUAUUUUUCUUGGAAAAAUAUGCUAAAAUGUCAACUUUGAG